AUAUUCUUUCUCAAGACCUUUCUAAAAAGAUGUGUAGUCGCUGCUAUGUUAAAAAGAAGGUGGCUGAUUUUUGUCGUUCUUCUAGUAGUGGUACACAAGAUGGAAUGAGAAUGCUACAUGCAAUCUAUGACACAAUACUACAAGAUAUAGUGAAUGAUAAUGAUCAGGACAAUGAUAUUUCAAAGAUUGAGUUAGAUCAAGAUCUUCUUACCAUUGUUUCUUUUGACCAACUUAAUAUUAUUGAUAAGCAUGAUUUGAAAAUAAUUGAAAAUAAAUUUCGCCAGCUUGCUAAUACAAUUAUCGUACCUCUUGAAUCAGGUUCUUGUUAUUACUGGGAAAUACAUAAGAUAUAUUUAAACAGUAAGAAUAAGAUACCUGAUAAUCAACCGCCCAAGAGAAUAAGUGAGGCCCGCACACCUAUCAAUAGAUAUAAUUGUGAAGAAAAUAUUAGACUUACGAUAUUUCCAGAGAAGCAAUACGUUUUGGUUCAGAGACAUCACCUUCUUAUGCAUAAAAAACCAACAUAUAGGCAAGUAGAGUUUCCUAUAAAAGCAAGAGAAUGGAUUCAAGACAAUUCCUUGUUUAAUAUAAAAAGUGCGGAAAUGUAUCACCGGCUCUGCAUAGGUGUCGUCUUGGUACCGUCCCUACCCCGGUCUGUCAAUGGAUAUUGUCCAUUGGCCGACCCGGAAUUUUGGGGAUCUGCAUCAAAAGUUUCACCCUAUAAAAUGAACAUCAAAGAAUACGCGUUAUACGUAAUGGAAACUAAGAAUUUUCCGCUUCUUGUUCCUUCCGAUGUGGAUGAAUUAUCUUAUUGUGGCUUUAUUACCGUUAAGGGACAGGAACUAGCAUUUCAAAUCAAACUCGAAAAUAAUAGUGCUUGUCUAAAAAACGCGAAACUUUACGGUAGUCCUGAGUUAAAGAGGCUUAUAUUUGGUCAUGAAAAGGCUUUGCAGCAAGAACUUUUAAUGACCAAAGAGAAGACCGAUCCCUCACCGGGUGAAAAUUAUUAUUCUACUCUGAUAAAUGAGCUUAAUUCGAUAGGAUGGGACAAAUUAGAAGCAUUUAAUCCAUCUCUGAGAAAUUUAUCAUUGAAAUUGAAUGAUUCAUCCGGUCGUCAACAUAGUAUCUUUGUGUCUUUACCAUUUUCAUAUCCUAAAGCCACUCUCAUUGUACAUGCUGAGCUUCCAACUCCUUUACCAGUGACAUUAAAUCAUAUGACAAGUCUUAAGGAUGUUGUGUCUUUCUGCUCUAAAGAAUUAGAAAAGUUUCAAGAUGUUUGGUCAAUGCUCGAUGAUAUCGACAAACAUACUUGGAUUUUGGAACCUUGCAAACCUAAACGGAGUGAUUUGAUGCGCAGAAUCGCUUUGGGCAAUCAUUGUUCUUUACAAAUAGAAUUGGACGUGUCUUGUCCCAAAGGAGAAUGUCAAUAUCGGUUAUUUGGUACGGAAAGUUUGAUCUCCCCAUUACGCGAUAAGAUAAUAAAAAAUUGGAAUAAUUGGUUGAGUUCUGACUUAACUAUUCGGCAAAACUUUGAAAACAUUCUAGAAAUAACUUUUCCUUCAGCGCAAACUAUUUCGACUUUGGACAUCAAUAUAGAAUGUGGAAUUUGCUAUUCUUAUCGUCAUGAAGGUUCUUUACCUGAUCAAUCAUGUAACAAUGCAAAGUGCGGUCAACCUUUUCACCGUUCUUGUUUGUAUGAAUGGCUCCGGUCUAUUCCAUCAACAAAGCAAAGUUUCAAUACAUUCUUCGGGAAUUGUCCUUAUUGCAACGAUGCCAUUACCACUACCAUCUGUGAUCAGUGA